AUGUGUGAACUCUGUUUCGCCACCGGCCGUACCGAAGAAAUUCCCUAUGUCGCAGGAUUCAGCUGCGUUGACGGCAGUGGAACCGCAGCAAGUACCGGCGCCGACGGGUCAGCGGUUUUAUCUGCGCCUCUGCCGGUCUUCAGCAACGACCAGAUCGCAGAUCAACUGACACAGGAAACCUCCAACGGCUCGCCGAUUGCCUUCAAUGCCGGUCCGGGCGAUACGAUCACUGUCGACAUUACCGGCCUGACAAAUGACGGAAAGUUCCUGGCGACGAAUGCGCUGGAAGCGUGGGAGAAUGUCACCGGGAUCAAUUUCUCAUUCGUCUCAAGCGGUGCGCAGAUCACGUUCGAUGAUGAGAGUUCCGGUGCUUAUGCCAGUUAUUCCUGGUGGAGCAACGGCGACAUGAUCUCGGCCGAUGUCAAUGUGUCGAAGGGAUGGCUGAGUUCGUACGGAACCGGCAUAAACAGCUAUUCCUUCCAGACCUAUAUUCACGAGAUCGGUCAUGCGCUUGGAUUGAGGCAUGGCGGAAACUACAACGGGUCGGCGACAUAUGGCGUCGACAAUCACUACCUUAACGACUCCUGGCAAGCGACAGUCAUGUCCUAUUUCAGCCAGACAGAAAACACCUAUGUCAACGCCAGCUACGCAUACGUGAUUACUCCGAUGGUCGCGGAUAUCGUCGCGAUACAGGAACUGUACGGCACACCUGCCAGCAUUCGAACCGGCGCGACCAUAUAUGGUAACAAUUCAAAUGCGGGUGGUUACCUGGAGACGUUUUUCGAUUCAAAUCAAACAGCUGCGAUGACAAUCUACGACAAUGGUGGAGCGGAUCUGUUCGAUUUUUCCCACGUUGGAGCCAAUCAGCGCAUAGACCUCAACCAGGAAGCCAUUUCGAAUGUCGGCGGGCUAACCGGCAAUCUCAUUGUUGCUCGUGGCACGAUCAUUGAAAAUGCAUAUGGCGGUGGUGGCAAUGAUGAGCUGAUCGGCAACGAUGCCGACAACACGCUAUUGGGUAACAGUGGGAAUGAUGACCUGAUCGGUGGCGGUGGCAACGACAUCCUGCGUGGUGGCUACGGCAAUGACAACAUGUCGGGCGGCGCCGGCAACGACACCAUCUACUACACCAAUGGAGACACAUUCUGGGUGAACGGUGCCCCCAAGGAUGUCGGUGGGAGCGGAACGGACACACUGGUGAUGGAAAGCGGGUCCGUUUUCAAUACCAGCGGUCUUUCCUGGUACGGAUUUGAAAAAUUCAUCGGUGCGGGGCGAAACGACCGGGUCGUCGGCAAUGACGGCACGGUCGACUACGUUCUCGACGGUGGCGGCGGCAACGAUACGCUGAUCGGCAGCGGUGGUGACGACGAACUCAUUGGCGGAGCCGGAAAUGACUUUCUCCGAGGCAGUUGGGGCAACGACAGUGUAUCGGGAGGGGCAGGGAACGAUACGAUCUACUAUGCCAGCGGCGACCUGUUCUGGGAGAACGGCACACCAAAGGAUGUGGGCGGAUCCGGUAUCGACAAGCUGAUCAUCGAAUCCGGAUCGAAGUUCAACACUUCGGGGCUUUCCUGGUACGGGUUUGAAGAGUUCCAGGGUGCGGAAAGAAAUGACCGGGUGAUCGGCAACGAUGCCAGUGUCGACUACUGGAUGAACGGCGGCGGCGGCAAUGAUUUCCUGAAAGGAAACGAUGGUACGGAUACGCUGAUCGGCGCGGAAGGCAAUGACACUCUGGAUGCGGGUUCUUCCUCCGGUGGCUGGCAGAACCUGGAGGGGGGCGCAGGCAACGACAGCUAUGUCGUUUCGUCGAAUGGUGGCUGGAUCAAUAUCGUUGAACUGAUCAGCAAUGGCAUCGACACAUUGUACUUCAAGGACCUGCAGGUCUCGGACAUUGAAGCUUCGUCGGACAGCGACAGCAACAUGCUCCUGUCCUGGGCGAGCGGUGCUGGCCAGGUGAAGAUCAACGACCUUGGUGUCUAUGUCGACAAUUUCGAAUUCUCGGACGGUACGGUGCUGCAGGCAGAUGAUUUUGCAUUUGUUUGA